ACAUCUCAGGGGCAGAAGCUUUCUUUCCUACCCCCCUCAGCAGGAGCAGAGAGCCAGAGAGAAAGGAAGAAAGAAAGAAAGAGCAGUGAAGAGAAGAGGAGAGCAGAGGCAACGUGUUUCUUCUGAAAAGAAAGGAGCUUGGGGGUUUUCCUUCUCUUGGUUUUGCUUUGCGCUGUUUCUUCCUUAGGAGAAUCGCCGGACGGGAGAGUGGACUUACAGUGGACGGGACUUCCACGACUGGCUCCUUCGAGGCUGCAUGAAGCCAGCAUCUGUCGGCCCUUGCCACAUUCAGCGGCUCUAGGCCUGACACCCCAGCGCUUUGAUGAGGUAACGGCAGGCACCAGCCGACGACCCACCCAACUUAGCUCCACUCCCCUUCCCCACCCCUUCCCCUCUCCCCCACCACUGAGGAACCAUGGGUCAGAAGAUCUCUGGCAGCAUCAAGUCAGUGGAUGUGCGGGGUGAGCCCUCAUACCGCCCUCUACGGAGGGAGCUCCGUGGGCCGGACUUCUUCAAGCCAGCCCGGCUGGACCUGCUGCUUGACAUGCCACCGGCGCCCUAUGAGCUGCAAUUGAGGCAUGCAUGGAAUGCUGAUGACCGCUCACUCAACAUCUUCAUCAAGGAUGAUGACAAGCUAACCUUUCACCGGCACCCUGUGGCCCAAAGUACGGACUGCAUCCGCGGGCGUGUGGGAUACACACGGGGCCUCCAUGCCUGGCGCAUCCACUGGCCCGCACGCCAACGUGGCACACAUGCCGUAGUGGGCGUGGCCACUGCUGAGGCACCCUUGCACUCAGUGGGGUACACGUCCUUGGUGGGCAGCGACAGCGAGUCCUGGGGCUGGGACCUGGGCCGCAACAAGCUCUACCACAACAGCAAGAACCGGCCCGCCUCAUCGGCACCCACAUACCCCAGCUUCCUAGAACCCGAAGAGGCCUUUGUGCUGCCUGACACCUUGGUGGUGGUGCUGGAUAUGGAUGAGGGCACACUCAGCUUCAUGGUGGAUGGACAAUACCUGGGUGUGGCUUUCAGAGGGCUCAAAGGGAAGAAGCUGUACCCUAUCGUCAGUGCUGUCUGGGGACACUGUGAAAUCUCCAUGCGCUACAUCAAUGGCUUGGAUCCGGAACCUCUGCCUCUGAUGGACCUGUGUCGGCGUGCGGCGCGACUGGCCCUGGGUCGAGACCGACUGCAGCAGAUCGAGACUCUCCCUCUGCCCCAAUCUCUGAAGAAUUACCUCCAGUACCAAUGAGCUGGACAAGGAGGGCGUAUACACUCAGACUCACAGAGCGCAGGCCUGAGGUGCAGCUACUGUAGCACCAUUACCAGGCUGCCGAGGGCACAUGUUUACAUUGAGAGCUGUGGCUAUCUGGUGGACAUUUGUGGACUAACCCCCCCCGCCCCCCCCCCCCCC